UUGUCACUUUCGAGUGUUUGUAUAACACGUGGAUUUUUAGAGUGGACGAUAAGGAAGAGAGAAAGUCUUCGGUUGCGAGAGUACGUUACCAUAGCAACCGUAAGGAUAGGAACACUCUCGCAGCAGGCGAGGUACGGUACGGUCGGUAUGUCGUCUGCGUCUCGUUCGAUGUUUAAAAAUCGUCAAAUCGGAAGGCCGUAAGCUCGAUCGAUCGAUCGAAACAGUGAAGGAAAGAUUUUAAACGUAUUCCCGGCAUGAAACGCAAGAGGAGGACAUUUUUAUUCGCCGUAUUCGAAUCUUAGCGCUAGGCCUAACUCGAUGGGUUGCCGAGAGAGCAAACUGAGUAACGACGACUCCAUUGGAGGCGACAACGAUGCCAAGAUCACCCCCGUUCUGACUUUCCACGCGUCUCAGGCCAAGGAAAUCGGAAGAAAUCAGCAACAGAAGAGCAAGAGGAGCAGGAAGAAAUCGAGGAGGAGCCCCAACAGAAGGACUUCGGGAGAAUGCAGAUCGAAGAAGAGGAGGAGAGAGAACCGAAGCUGCAACGACCCCAGGAUAACCGCCAAAUACGACGUCAAAGGGGUGAUCGGAAAGGGGAGUUACAGCCGUGUGGUCAGGGUGGAAAACAGAGUGACCAAGCAACCGUACGCCAUCAAAAUGAUCGAAUCGCCCGAAGGUAGAGAAGUGUUCGAAGCCGAACUGUCCGUGCUGAGGAGGAUAAACCACACCAACGUCAUCAGGCUGGUGGAGGUGUUCGAAUCCAACCGCAAGGUCUACAUGGUGAUGGAACUGGCCACAGGUGGUAGCCUGUUGGACAAACUAGAAACGAAGGGAAGUUUCUGCGAAUCCGAAGCAGGAAGGGUGCUGAAGAUGGUGCUGAAUGGUGUGGGCUACUUACACAAAUUGGGCAUCACCCAUCGCGAUUUGAGACCCGAUAAUCUUCUCUAUUACCAUCCGGGUAGCGACUCGAGGAUUUUGAUAACUGAUUUCGGAUUCGCCAGCACUAGAAAGGCUAGUGGUAAUCCUUACAUGCACACGGUUUGCGGGGUACCACACUACAUCGCUCCGGAAGUGGUAGCUAGGAGGCCCUACACCUGUUCCGUGGAUAUGUGGGCCGUGGGGGUCAUUACUUACAUUCUACUGAGUGGAACUUUCCCAUUCGAUGCCGAACAGGACUCUCAGAUCUUCAAGUUGAUCCUGAAGGGUAGCUUCUCCAUGUCUAAUCAGGUGUGGGAGAACGUGUCCGAAGACGGCAAGAACUUCGUUCGCUCCCUUCUGCAGAGGGAACCGACCUCUCGACUGACUGCUUUCCAGGCCCUCGAACAUUUAUGGAUCUGCGAAACGUCACAGAGGCAAACACCGGGACGUAUUGUUAAUCGCCGACCGGGGAGCCUCAAGUCUUCGCGUUCGUUAACUUCAGUUCGUUCGGGACGUUCCGUGCACUCCCUGAGAUCCGGACAUCGAAGAGUUCGAGCUCAGCAAUUGGAUGUCCUCAAAGCCGAUCCGGAAGUGGCCGGCAUGAUCAGGUGACCGAAGAUCAAUACGUCAUACUCACGUAUACUAACAAGUUACCGAUGUAUACAUACACUAUACAUAUAUACAUAUAUAUUUACAUGAUUAUAUAAGUCAUCGACAUUUUAAAGAACAAAAAAAAACAAACCAAAACAAUAUUUUUUAAGAAUAUUUAUUUUUCAUGUCUAGCUUUUAGGUGCCAUUGCCGAUUUGUGCCAAAUGUUUUGUAUAAAGAUUUUACGGCAAUAAACAUUUUGCAUACAUUUUAA